GGCUCGGCGCGCGCGGGCCAUGUCCGCCUUCUGCCUGGGCUUGGCCGGCCGAGCUUCAGCACCCGCCGAGCCGGACAGCGCCUGCUGCAUGGAGCUGCCCGCUGGGGCCGGGGACGCAGUCCGGAGUCCCGCCGCCGCUGCCACCGCCGCCGCCGCCGCCGCCCUCGUCUCCUUCCCCGGGGCUCCCGGGGAACUGGAACUGGCCUUAGAGGAGGAGCUGGCGUUGCUGGCGGCCGGGGAACGGCCAUCCGACCCCGGGGAGCAGCCACAGGCGGAGCCGGAGUCUCCGGCGGAGGGACAGGGACCGCCGCCGCUUACCCAGGAUCCCGAGCUGCUGUCGGUGAUCCGACAGAAGGAGAAGGAUCUGGUGUUGGCGGCCCGGCUAGGCAAAGCGCUGCUCGAGAGGAACCAGGACAUGAGCCGGCAGUACGAGCAGAUGCACAAGGAGCUGACGGACAAGCUGGAGCACUUAGAACAAGAGAAACAUGAACUGAGAAGGCGAUUUGAGAACCGAGAAGGGGAGUGGGAAGGACGGGUGUCUGAGCUGGAGACUGACGUGAAGCAGCUCCAGGAUGAACUGGAGAGGCAGCAGGUCCAUCUUCGGGAAGCAGAUCGAGAAAAAACAAGAGCCGUCCAGGAACUGUCAGAACAGAACCAAAGGCUAUUGGAUCAACUCAGCAGGGCAUCUGAAGUUGAGAGGCAGCUCUCCAUGCAGGUCCACGCUCUCAGAGAAGACUUCCGGGAGAAAAAUUCAUCCACCAACCAGCAUAUCAUCCGGCUGGAGAGCCUUCAGGCCGAGAUCAAGAUGCUGUCAGAUCGAAAGCGGGAGCUGGAGCAUCGGCUCAGCGCCACCUUAGAGGAGAAUGACCUGCUUCAAGGGACCGUGGAGGAGCUACAGGACCGGGUGCUGAUUCUAGAAAGGCAGGGCCAUGACAAAGACCUGCAGCUGCACCAAAGCCAGCUGGAGCUGCAGGAGGUCCGGCUGUCCUACCGGCAGCUGCAGGGCAAGGUGGAGGAACUCACGGAGGAGAGGAGCCUGCAGAGCUCGGCCGCGACCAGCACAUCCCUGCUGUCCGAGAUCGAGCAGAGCAUGGAGGCCGAGGAGCUGGAGCAGGAGAGAGAGCAGCUGAGGCUGCAGCUCUGGGAAGCCUACUGCCAGGUCCGCUAUCUGUGCUCACACCUUCGAGGGAAUGACAGCGCCGACUCAGCCGUGUCCACGGACUCCUCCAUGGACGAGUCUUCAGAGACCUCCUCCGCCAAGGACGUGCCUGCCGGCAGCCUGCGCACUGCCCUCAACGAUCUCAAAAGGCUGAUCCAGAGCACCGUGGAUGGCAUGGAGCCCACGGUGACACUGCUGAGCGUGGAGAUGACUGCACUGAAGGAAGAAAGGGACCGACUCAGAGUGACAUCUGAGGACAAGGAGCCGAAGGAGCAGCUUGAGAAAGCCAUCAGGGACCGGGACGAGGCCAUUGCAAAGAAGAACGCUAUGGAACUGGAACUCGCCAAGUGCAAGAUGGACGUGAUGUCUCUGAACAGCCAGCUACUGGAUGCCAUUCAGCAGAAGCUGAACCUCUCUCAGCAGCUUGAGGCUUGGCAGGAUGACAUGCACAGGGUCAUUGACAGGCAGCUGAUGGACACACACCUGAAGGAACAGAGCCGGCCUGCUGCUGCCUUCCCUAGGGGCCACGGCGUAGGGCGGGGGCAGGAGCCCAGCACCACAGACAGCAAACGGCUCUUCUCCUUCUUCAGGAAAACUUAAGUCAGGAGGAGUCUGGCCAUUGAGAAGGGGGGACUAGCGGCAGUUGAAGAGGGUCCCCCCUUAGCUGGAACCAGGCAGCUACUCUGCCUGCCCAACUGCCCUGGGGCCCAGGAAGCUCCAGAGAGCUCACUCCCUAUGUCAGUGUAAUGGAGACUGAGAGGUUGGGGGCCUGCCUUUUCCUCUGAAGGCUGUCCCCCACCAAGGGACAGGAAUGAACCCUGUCCCCACUGCCCAAGCCAAACCUCAGCCCGGGCUUCCCCAGGAUCCUGUUAGUGAGCAGGGCUCAGCCACUCCCCAAUGUAGCCCACUGAUGGCCUCUGCCACUCAGACCCAGCUGAUCACAGCCCACACUAAAGGCCCUGCUGCCUCCUUGGGUUUGAACAUGGGGAAGAGAUUGAGGCCUCCUGUGCAUGCCUCAGGAGGCCUGAGCCUCCAUUCCUGCCCCAGCCACUGGCCUGGAGGAAGGGGAGGCACGGCCCCUCACCCGUGUGCAUGCACCUCUGCUGGAGCCCCUGUAUAGCAGGAGGCCCAGCCUAAGGCUGCGAGGCCCAAGAACUGGAGCUCUGUUGAGGCCACCCUGUACUCUAGGGAAGGCCAUCUUCUGGCUGCCACCACCACUCAGCUUCCUCCAGUGCAGUCCUUACCCUUGGGAGGCCUGGGCCAGGCAGCAUUCCCAUUGGCCUCUACAGGCUUUAGCCUUCCAGACUUUUCCCUCAUGGGAUAGGACUGGGAGGGCAUGUGUCUUCCACAGCUCCCUCCCACCUCAGUGCAACUUCUUGGCCAAGCCGAGCAAGUUGAAGCCACAAGAACGGCCUCUGAGGGGCCUGGUUCUACCACCCUCACACUGAAGGCAGCGUGGGUGCCACAGGGUGGAUGGGGUGAGGCCGCUGGGAUCCAGAUACUGCCCUCCAGGCCUCUACGGGACAAAGGCCUAAGCCUGCUGCUUCUGCCCCUUCCGCAGCAGAUACCCACACCUCUGCCGAGCCCCAGCUCAGAGGCUCUGCGGGCCCAGCCUCAGCUGCUCACCACUCGCUGAGCCUCCUGCCCUCCACGGGGAAAAGCACAGCAGGGCUGAGCCGAAAGAAUGUACUUAUAGAUAUGUACAUACCACAGUGCUGUAAUUUUGUAUGUAGCAAUUGUGUAAAUACACGUAUGGAUUUUAUAAUACACACAUAUAAAUCUAUAAAGGCAUAUUUUUAGAAAAACAGCGCACCACUGCUUCUUUUGAAAAUAGUCUGAAUAAGAAUAAAAUGAAUUUCUACAGAA